CUUUUAUUCUCUCUCACACACAUUCACAGAUAAAGUUUAGGCAUCGAAUAGUUGGUUCCUGGGCUGUAAACCUCCCAACUUCCUGAUCCAUGCUCCUAAGGACAGAUCUAGGAUCAGCUCACCCUCGUCAAAUCCAAACCAGGACCUUAAUAAUCCACAAAGGGUGGAUGAAACUGACCUGAGACCAGCAUUUAAACCCCACGUAUUCCUGCCCAGACACUGCUCUCCAUCCAGAGUUCCUCCUGUGCUCCAGCUGUCCAUCCGUCUAUCCACACACCAGCCAACCAGCCAUGGGUCUGAUGAGUGAAGACAUGAAUUGUUGCGUCUGCUUCCAACCCUAUUCUCGCAGGGAGAAAAUCCCCCGGGUGCUCCACUGCGAACACACCUUCUGUGGGCUGUGCUUGGAGACAAUCUCCAGGCUCCAGAGUGGCCUCCUGACCGCGUGCUGCCCUCUGUGUCGCUGGAUCACCUGUAGCCAGGUCAGCCUACCCUUUGCUGGUUCUCUGGUUGUCAACACUGAGAUCUGGGACCAGAUAGCAGACAGACAGGAGGAAGAGGAGGAGAUGGAGGCGUGGAUAGGAGAUAACAGACAGACACAGACCUCCACACAGUACAAAUGCUCUUCAUUGGGGCAUUCUGGUGUGAGGAUCAAGCUACAGAGUUUCUGGAGGAGAAUGAGGCACAAUGGUCAAAGAGCACUAAAAGAAGGGAAGAAAUUAAGGUCUUGGUUGUGUUUUGAUAGAUGAUGUCACCGUAGUAGUCUAGGACAGGAAGCAGCAGUUGGGAUACCAAGGUCUUUCUUUUUUAGUAUUUAUUUUUUAUAUUUUAUACAAUAUACUGUCUACAAUCUUUAUAAUUAAAACAAAUAUGUAACCUUUAUUUUAACAUGUAGUUAUUUUGAGACCUAGUUUCUCUUUUUCAAAUGAACCCUGUAAUAUGAUUGUCCCUUUA